AUAUAUGAAGAUGGUCCACAAUAAAAAAGAUGAUCGUUGGUAAGGACAAGCAACAAAGAUGGAUUUCUUGAGCUUGUUGCUGUGCUUUGUUCUGUUCUUGGUCUUGUGUCAAGCCUUCCGAAGGCAAUCGGGAAGAACAAGCAAGCUUCAGCCUGGUCCGCCAACGAUUCCGAUCUUCGGGAACUUCUUCAACCUUGGUCAUAAGCCCCAUAAGUCCCUUGCCGAACUUGCCAAUAUUCAUGGGGACAUCAUGACUUUGAAACUUGGCCAAACAACAACUAUAGUACUUUCAUCUGCAACAAUGGUCAAAGAAAUCCUCCGAACGCAUGAUGUUGUAUUGUGUAACCGAACCGUUCCCAAUGCCCUGCAUGCCCUUCGACACCACGAAGUCAGAUUGCCUUGGAUGCCUGUUUCAACCAAAUGGAUAAAUCUUACGAAAAUCUGCAAUUUGCACAUUUUCGCUGGUCAAAAACUUGAUGCUAACCAGUACUUGCGGCACAAGAAAGUAGAACAACUCCUUGCUGAUGUUCAUGAUAGUUCCGACAUCGGAGAAGCGAUCGACAUAGACACAGCUGUUUUAAAAACUGCUGUUAAUCUUAUGUCCAAUACUGUUUUCUCCAUUGAUUUAGCUGACUCUUCCGAUACAGCUCUCGUUUUCGGGAAAAUUAUACAGGGAAUCAAGGAAGAGUUGGGAAAACCAAACUUUGCUGAUUAUUUCCCUACUCUUCUUGGUAAUCUUGACUUGCAAGGCAUAAGGCGUCGGAUGGCAAUUCAUUUUCAGAAGUUGAUGAAUCUUUUCGAUAAACUGAUCGAUAUGUGGUUAGAGUUGAGAAAGAUGAAUGAUUAUAUAUCGAGUAACGAUCUCUUGGAUACUCUUCUCCGAAUCAGUCAAGAUGACAACCAAGAGCUUGAUAGAAAGCACAUCAAACAUUUCAUUUUUGAUUUGUUCACAGCGGGAACCGAGACGACAACCAGUACUUCGGAAUGGGCGAUGGCGGAAUUACUCCGUAACCGAAAAACUUUACUUGAAGCUCGAAGAGAACUGCAACAAACAAUUGGCCAAAAGAAGAUGGUGGAUGAAUCCAACAUUACAUGUUUACCUUAUUUGCAAGCAAUUGUCAAGGAGACGUUGAGAUUGCAUCCUCCAGUUCCUUUGUUAGUACCUUGAAAAGCCGAAGCGGAUAUCGAGAUUCGUAACUUUGUGGUUCCAAAAGGUGCUCAAGUGUUGAUCAAUGCAUGGGGUAUAGGCAGAGAUCCCGAUUGCUGGGAGGAGCCUGAGUUGUUUGUUCCAUAGCGGUUCAUAGGAUCAGAAAUGGAUGUUAAAGGAAGGGACUUUGCACUCAUUCCAUUCGGGGGCGGGCGACGGAUUUGCCCCGGAUUGCCGUUGGCGAUAAGGAUGUUGCACUUACUGUUGGGUAGCCUAAUUCACUCAUUUGAUUGGGAGCUUGAAGAUGGAGUUACACCUGAAAACUUGAACAUGGAUGAUGCCUAUGGCCUUUUUUAACAGAAAGCUCAACUGUUAAGAGCUAUCCCUCGCUCAAUUUGAUAGUGCUUUGUUUAUCUGCUUC